AUGCCGCCCCGUCCACGCCCCAAAGCGACCCCCGCGACGGACUACACCCCCUCAGGCUUACCCUCCGACCACCACCUGGUACGCCUCGGUGCUCCACAAGGUUCGAACCAGUUCGCGACGGAGAUCGCCGGCCAAGCCAAGCUCGUAGACAUGCCGGCGCGCGUGCGGCGGACAGCGUUUGCUACGAGGGGCGCGUUCGCUAUCGUCCAGCUUUAUCCCGCCAGCAAGGACCGCGUGGCGGGCGAGAUCGUGCACGUCGUGACAGGGGCUGAGGUCAAGGAGUGGCGCAAGGCUGGGGAGUGGCCCAAGGCGUUUGACGAGGCUGUGGCCGCGGAGCAAUCGCGUCCUCUCCCGAAAGCAGACGACGACGACAGCGACGACUCGUUGCCGGAGAACACGAAUAGGCGGAAGCGGGUCGUGCACGCCGACUCGAGCAGCGAGGAGGACAGUGACGACGAGUAA